GUCGCCGCCACCCCUGCCUUCCACAAUGUCUCCCGCCCGCCUCCUCCUCCUCCUCCUCCUCCUCCUCCUCGCUCUCUCCCUUCUCCACCCCGCCUCCGCCACGGACUGCCACCCAGAGGACAAGGAAGUCCUCCUCCGCAUAAAGUCCGCCCUCCACAACCCCUACCACCUCGCCUCCUGGGACCCGGACACCGACUGCUGCUCCUGGUACUGCCUCAAGUGCGACGAGGUGACCCACCGCGUCAUCUCCAUCUUCUUUCUCCAAGCCGACCUCACCGGCCAAAUCCCUUCCGCCAUUGGCGACCUCCCCUACCUCCAAUACCUCAACCUCCAUAAGGUCUCGAACUUCUCCGGCCCGAUCCCAAAGUCCUUGACCAAGCUCAAAUACUUGAAAUUCUUGAGAAUCAACUGGGUCAAUCUCACCGGCCCAAUCCCCUCCUUCCUCGGCCAGCUCAAGAACCUAACCUACCUCGAUCUCUCCUUCAACAAGCUUACCGGCGGCAUCCCUGACUCCUUCUCCACCAUCCCCGCCCUCGGCUACGUCAACCUCGACCGCAACCAGCUCACUGGGAAGAUUCCAGCUUCCCUUGCCAACCUCAAGGGGAACGACCUCUACCUCAUCCUCUCCCACAACAGCCUCUCCGGCGAGCUCCCGGCGACCUUCGCCGGCGUCGACUUCGUGAAGCUUGACCUUUCUCGGAACAAGCUUCAGGGGGACGCGUCGCUGGUGUUCGGGAGGAACAAGAGCACGUACUACAUUGACAUCUCAAGGAACCAGUUCAAGUUUGACCUGUCAAAGGCGAAGUUUAACAAGAGCCUGACGUACCUCUAUAUGAACCAUAAUAAAAUUUACGGGUCCAUUCCGAAGGCCAUGGAAAGUGUUCAUUUCCUGAAUGUUAGCUACAACCGGCUGUGCGGGGAGAUUCCAGUGGGCGGGCGGCUGCAAAGCUUUGAUGACACAGUGUACUUCCAUAACCGGUGCUUGUGCGGUGCUCCUCUCGAUAGCUGCAAGUGA